AUGGUCCCUAUCCAUUAGGCCUAUCAAGACAAUUAAUUAGAAGCAUAGAAGUGAACUGCAGCUCCAUGAAAAAUCUAUUUUUUCAGGACCUCUGACGUAUCAAAAAAGCAGAAGCAGAAACACACAUUAAAGGGUAUAAAGUAAGCUCCUGUUCUUAGUAGCAGUUCCCUUCAGCCUUCAUAUGAUGUUAAAACUUUUACAACAUGGACAGAAAAGCACAAAAAAGUCUGGAUGGUUCAUCUGAGAAGAACCCAAAUGUUUCUUCAUCUGCAGAGAAAACUGAAGAAGCUGACUAUGUCAAUGUAGCAAAAGUUGCUGCAAAGAACAUCACAUCUAUUCCAGGUCACCAGUUUCCUUCCUUCUCAAAGUUUUUCCCAUUACUAGCAGCUUAUUGGCUGAUUCUGCUGGUCAUUGUCCCGCUUCAUAUCCAUUUUCACCUUAUUGCUCAGUCUGAGCUGAAACAGCUGAAAGCCAACCAAACGUUGCUGCUGGAGGAAAAUUACAACCUGACAGACCUGAACAAGAAACUCAGCUCAGAUUUAAACAUCUAUAUUCACAACCUGACACAGCAAGAAGUAAACCUGUUAAAAGAAAAUCGAAUCCUGAUGACAGAACUUGAUGAAGUGAUUAACAAGAACGAGGAGCUGAGGAGAGAGAAGAAAAUCCUCACAGAACAAAUAGAAACUAUGGAGAAAACUUGGAAUGAGCAGAACGUCAGUCGAGCUCAGUGGAGCAUUGAUCAUUACUGUCCUAAAGGAAAUAAUGGGAGAAGUUGCACUUCUUGCCAGAACGGAUGGGCUAACAAAUUUUCCAGCUGUUAUGCAUAUAAUGAUGCUAAGCCCUCUGAUCAGAGAAACUGGGAAGGCGCACGAGAGGAUUGCAGGACGAAGAACUCAGAUUUGACUGUUGUGUUUGAUCAAACAGAAAAGGAUUAUGUCAAUACACAGAGUCCAGUUAUAAACGGCAUCCAAGGAUACUGGAUUGGCCUCAGAGCUGAAGGAGGGAAAUGGAGAUGGAUCGAUGGAAGUGAACUGACCAAUCAAACCUGGAUACAGCAGCAGCCUGUUGAUGGUCAGUGUGUAACUUCUCUCCAGGGCAGAGAAUGGAGAUCAGUGAGCUGUGAUGAAAAGAACGCAUGGAUCUGUGAGAAGAAGGCUUUAUCUGUUUAGACAUGAAAUAUUCAGAUAGAAAAAAAGUUUUUGUUUGACAGCCUUUUAAUACAAAA